AUGUUUUAUAUUUCAGAUAAAAGAACAGGAUGCCUUAAAUUCAGUGAUCUGAGUUUAGGAGAUGCCUUUAUUGAUCUAUUUAAGCCAAGACUAAAAACAACAAUGAUAAUGUAUACAAAACUAACCACUAAUUGUGGUGAACCUGUAUUUGGAAGGAAUUAUACACUCAAUACUAACUUCAACAUAACUAAAAAAACUGUCUGGAUUAUUCAUGGAUACAGACCAACAGGCUCACCCCCAAGCUGGCUUCCUAGCUUUCUUGAACGUUUGCUGAAAAAAGAUGUGAAUACAAUUAUAGUUGACUGGAACUGGGGUGCUACAACUUUUAUUUAUCAAAGAGCUGUUCAAAACACAAGAAAAGUUGCCAUAUUUUUAAAGGAACACAUUGAUAAAAUGUUGAAAUUUGGAGCUUCUCUUGAUUCUUUUCACUUUAUAGGAGUGAGCCUGGGGGCUCAUAUAAGUGGAUUUGUUGGACAAAUGUUUAAGGGCCAACUAGGAAGAAUUACAGGUCUUGAUCCUGCAGGUCCAUUUUUUUCUCAAAAACCACCACAUAAAAGAUUAGAUUAUACUGAUGCACAAUUUGUUGAUGUCAUUCAUUCUGAUAGCAAUGCUCUUGGAAUCAAACAACCUUUGGGACAUAUAGAUUUUUAUCCAAAUGGAGGAAAAACUCAACCUGGCUGCCCGAAAUCAAUAUUUUCAGGAACCUCAUUUAUUAAAUGUGAUCACCAAAGAGCUGUUUACUUGUUCAUGACAUCCUUGGAAACAAAAUGUGAUAUAACUGCAUAUCCUUGCUAUUCAUACACGGAUUAUAGGAAAGGAAAAUGUACCAUUUGUGAAGAGUUUAAACCAAAACCAUGUCCCAAACUAGGUUAUUAUGUGGACCAGUGGAAAGACAUUUUAAUUAAAAGGCAGCCUCCUGGAACGAAUGUUUAUUUUGAUACCACUAACAAGGAGCCAUUCUGUAUGUAUAAUUAUAUUCUUGAUGUUGUUUUUUUGGAGAAUAUUACAAGGAAAGGUUAUAUGAAAAUUAAAUUAAUAGAUAUAUAUGGGAAAGCAGAAGAAUCAAAAAUCAAGAGUUACUUGGCAACAUAUCCUAUCUAUGAAAAAGUCAGUAUUCUUGCUGGAUUUUACUAUGACUUUAAAGACAUUUCAAAAAUUGUUUUGACCUAUUCUCAAAAGAAUGCAAAACUUAAAUGUUUUAAAUGCAAAUACAAGAUUCAUCGUAUAAAAUUAAGAUCACUUACAAAUCCAGAAAGACCACAUCUUUGCAGAUAUGAUUUUAUACUGAAAGAAAAUGUGGCAACAACACUGAAACCACAAUCCUGUAACACAACAGAAACGUAGAUGAAGUGAUAUUUCACAAUAAAUAUGAAAAUAUUGGACUUUAUAUUGGUCAAGAAAUCACAGUGAAGGGAAAAUGUGGUAAUCUUUCACCAGUAUUGAGAUUUCCUUUUAUAGAAAGAUUAAUUCCAUGUGAAAAUAAAAUGAUCCUGUAUUUUGGAGCGAUGUUGAAAAGUCAAUAUGCAGAGAACAUAGUAAAAUAAAAUGGAGUUUCUGAAUAUA